CCACCCCAUGGAGUAAAUGGAGAUUAGUCUGUGCAUUUGAAUUUUCAUGAUGAAUGUAUUCACUAAUGAGGCUAAUUAUUAUCAGGUUGCAAUUGGUUUAUAAAAAUAUUACCAGUCACUUUACUGACCAUUACUGACUGAUCCAUCAUGUCUUUCGUAGAACUACAAUGGCAGAACUUUGCUUUAGACCUGUUAUUACUUAUAGCUAGUGAGAUCCUUAUUCGUUUCCUAUAUUCAGAUUACAGACAUCGAUUCAGUACUCUCUUACUGGUUCAGCUAAUGUCACUUGUUAUUUUCUGUCUAGUAGUCAUGGCUUUUCAUCACUUUCCAUUAUUGCUAGUACUCUUUUUACCUUUAAUAGCAAUACGUUGUGUCAAAGGGAUCCUAGAUAAGAGAAAAGAAGCCAUAAAAGGAGUUAAAGUGAGCAAACCGUUGAAAUAUGCCAAGAGAAGCAGUGAGGGUACUGGUAUUGAGGAACCACAGUAUUUUCAUUUAAGUACAGACUUAACUCGUCGACCAGUUAAUGUAGCUCAGUAUGGUAAUCAUUCAGACACUCAUAGUACACGUAUGUACAACAUGUACCCUCACCCUGUCAGGAAAAUGGACUCAACUCCUACCAGGGUACAAAACGAAGCUGAAAGAAGACUGCAACCAACCAGUUCUCCAUAUUUAACUGUGAAGGUAUCCCCAAGAUCGUCUCCUGUUAGCAGAGUGGGCUAUAUGUACCAAAAGUCUGCUUUAUCUUCAAAUACAAGUACUUUACAAAAGUACUAUCCAUCUCCAACAAGAACUUUAUUGCCAACUCUACCUUUCUCAUCGUCUACACAUGAUAAUACGACACUAGUGGCAUCUAGUGGGCUUCCGUUUAAUACUCCGCCAUAUUCAAACAUGAAUUCCGUACCCUCUUUGAUUGCUACUAGAUCACAAUCCAAACCGCCUGGUCUUAGCAAUACUGGUAAUAUUUGCUUUUUAGUUUCUGUUAUCCAUUGUCUAGCCGGGAUUGAAGGGUUUGUGUCUCUGCUCCUACAGUUCCCUACCCCUCAAAAGAAAUCUGACAAUAAUCUUAUUUCUUCUUUGCAGUUGGUCAUUCAACAGUGUCAGAAUUGGAGUCUGAGUAGCAUCAAACCUAACAAGCUUCUGCUCGCUAUCUCAUCUCUAGCUCCUCAUCUCGUUACUAUUCAUGGUCAAAGCCAACAAGAUGCGGGUGAAUUUUUAUUGUGGCUUUUGGAUGCUCUUCAUGAAAUGCACAAAAAAGCAACUAAAGUUGACAUGACUGAAGAGAAACAGAGUCUGAUUGCUCGACUAAAAAGUGAAAAAGAUACUAUACAAUCCUUAGAGAUGAGAUCUGAUGAUAUUGAAACUUAUCGUGAUAAACUGAUAAAACUCUCAUCAGUCGACUAUUCUAUUCUUGAGCAAGAGAAUAUGUCAUCAAUAUACAAGAUGUGUUGUGGCCAACUAUUUGAAGCACGUGAAUGCCAACAGUGUAAAAGAGUGUCUACCAAUAUUGAGUAUUAUACAAUACUUACAUUACCUGUGCCACAAAACACUAACAGUGACAUCCGGCUCUGCUUUGAACUUUUUAGUCAGAUAGAGAGUUUGAAUCAUUCACAUAACAUGUUUCGUUGCACUUGCACCAUCAAAGAAUCAGAUUUUCCAACUUCUGGCAGUAGAUUAGCCUGCCUUAGCUAUCUGCCAUCACAUCUCAUCAUUCAACUCGCACGUUUUUCAUAUGAUUACGCUCGCAAACAAGCACUUAAGAAUCAAACACCAGUUGUCUUUCCUGUCACUGGUCUAGAUUUGUCUUCUUUUACACUCAACUCUAAACUAAAAGCUCCUCUAGAUGCUAGCCAGCCAACUUUGUAUGAUUUGUGUGGGUUUUGUGUUCACACUGGUGCACGUACCACUAGCUAUGGCCACUAUAUUGCUUAUAGCAAGGCUAAAGAUGGAGCCUGGUAUCGCUUUGAUGACAACUAUGUCUCACUAGUCAACGAUAUUGAAAAAGAAAUCAAGCAACCUUUUGUUUCACAAAAUACUUAUUUAAUAUUUUACAAAGCUAAAAGACACUGAACAUAAAAAUAAUAAUAAUGACAAUAAUAAUAAUAAUGACAAU